AUGUUUAAACAGUUGACUCAGAUCGGUAAGAACCUUACCGAUGAGCUGGCUAAAGGUCUGAACGAGGAACUCAAUGGGAUUAAUCCAGAUCAAUUGGAUAAAACAGGACCGUAUGCGGAUCUUCCCAGUGAUGUUCAAGUGAAGUUGAGAAAGUUCGAUAAGUAUGAGCAAAAAUAUCCAUUGUUAUUACAGGCUUAUAAGAACGAGAAAUUGAAGACAGAGAAGGUGGAGCAAUUUCAAAAGGUUUUAAGUGAGUGCACGCCAGUUUCAGAUAUUUCUGACGUGGAUUCUUUAAAAAGUUACUUCAGUACGGUAAACCAGAAGACUGAUAUGUUGAAUAACGAAGUGAAAAGGUUGACUUUGGAAAAUACACAGCUAUCUCAAGAGUUAGAGAAGGUAGAUACUCAUGAGCUAGAGCAAGUAAAGGGUGAAUUGGAUAAAUCAACUACGUCAGUGGAGAAUUUGGAGAAAGAAGUAGUUAGCUUAAAGCAGGAAAUUUCUACGAAAGAUCAACUGAUAGAUUCUUUCAAAAACAAAAUUGAAGAAUUAACUUCGACACCUUCUUCAGUAGAUAGUAGCAGUGCAACAUCAGCCCAAGAGACGACAGAAAAUACAGCAUCCAGUACUGCGCAGCCAACAGCAUCAGGAAAAAAAAAGAACCAGAAGAAAAAAAAGGGGAAGGCUAAUAAUAACAAUAAUCUCCAAAACAAUAAUGCUAAUGCCGGUGCUGCCGAGACUGCCGCAGCUGCUCCGGCUACUGAGCCAAAUCAAAAGGCUAAAGAUAUAACAGAAGCAAUUACUCUCCGUGUAAAAUUAGAUACAUUGCAAGCAGAUUACGAUAAGUUGAAUAAGGAAUAUGAAUUACUAACGUCCACGAAGGCAGACCUUGCAAAAUUGAAAGAAACUAUUAAGAUCAAGGAUGAAGAACUAGAAAGUGUCAGAGAUAUGUUGAAAGACGUUGGAAACGAUCUAGUGGCUGCUCAAGAUCAGCUAAAGUCCAAGAACGAUGCUUCAGCUGAAGUUAAUAAUUUGAAACUACAACUCGAAUCGUUGAGGUCUAACAAUGCGGAUAAUUUGAAGUCCUAUGAGUUGAAGCAGAACGAAUUAAACAACGAAAUUGCAUCGUUGAAGAAAAAUGAAUCCUCAUUGCGCCAAACAGUAGCACAAAAAGAGAAAAUUAUCGAUUACCUUGAAAACCAGGUUAAAGAAUAUAGCUCCAAAGAAUCUGAAUAUAAGAACGAAAUUGAACUGCAAAAGAAGGAGAAUUCAGCUUUUGUGAAACGAAUUGAGAAUCUAAACAAAGAAACCGCGAAAUGGAAGAAUGAAUCUCAGAAGAACAACGGUAACUUAGAAAGUUAUAUCAAAGAAAAUGGAAAAUUAAGUGAGAGACUGGAAGUACUGCAGGAAAAACUCGAAACACUACAAAAUUUGAAGUCAAAUUCUAAUGACCAAGUGGAAACUAUCAGGAAGCAAUGUGAAGAGCUUUCAUUCAAAUUAAAGGAUGCUAAUAAAAAAAUACUAUCUCUAGAAGACGAGUUGAAUGAAAACGCUAACAUUCUACAAGAGAGAAACAGAGAGACUACUACCAUGAGAAAGAUGCUAAAUGAACUUCAAACCGAUAAAAGUAAUAGAGUGAAGGAAUUAGAAAGCAGACUUCAUUUCGCCGUUGAAGAGAAAUCAAAGAUAGAGAAUGAGUUGCAAAUGGAACUAACUAGAAAAUCCCAAGAUCUCAAACAACUCAAACAGAAAAACACGCAACUGCAAUCUGUUAACCACGAUCAACUAAUAAAGAUUGAGCAAUAUUCAGCCGAGAUUGAGGAGUUGAAAUCCACUUUUGAAAGAAUGAAGAGGUCAAACAAUGUUAGCCAAGAAGACACGUCUGAACUUGAUUCAAUCGUUAAAUCAUUAAAGGAAGCUCUUGUAAAGAGUGAAAAGAAACAAAGGGAGAUUAUGAACACUAACGUUGAACUCAAAGAACUAAAUAAUGAUUUGAACAAAAAAUUUGAUAGAUUGAGUAAGAACUAUAAAAACUUAUCGUUACAAAUCAGUAAAACUAAGGACUUAGAACCCAAAUCUGCAAGAAGUAGCCCACAUCCAUCAAGGUCAGGUUCUAUUGUACAGGACACUAUUUCAUCACCAAUAAGUUCAACACAAUCAGAGAUUAAUGAAAAGAUUGCAUACAUAAAAAACGUGUUACUUGGAUUCUUAGAACACAGAGAUCAGCGUGAUCAGUUAUUACCCGUUGUUACGACGUUAUUGCAAUUGGAUAGUAAUGAUGAAAAAAGGUUAUUGCUAUCAUUGAAAUGA